AGUAUGGUGUUCUAUAAGAACACCUCAUCGAUCAGAUCCUCGCUAGGACCUAGGAGUAACCCAAGGGAGGAGUGUAGUGUUACUUUCUUUAAUUCCCUCAUGGCCAUGCUUCCCUCUCUCCCCAGCAGCCUCCUUCCACGCAAGGCACAAGAAGAGGAAGAGGAAGAGGAAGAGGAAGAGGAGGAGGAUCAAACCCCCAGACCUCCUCAAGACUGCAGCGACUUCAUCUCUACCCUGCCGAAAGGGGGUUGGGGACCGAUCCGCACCCGAAAAUACCAAGGGUUUUGGGUCCCUGAGAUCUUUCUCCCUAGCGUAAUGGCCAUCCAGAAAAACUUCAAGGCUCGCCCCGACGACCUCUUCGUCGUGAGUUACCCAAAGUCCGGAACCACCUGGCUUAAAGCUCUCACCUUUGCCACCAUGACCAGAACCCAGUAUCCUCUAGCUCACCACCCUCUUCUUAGCUUCAACCCUCACGACUGUGUCUUGUACGUGGAGCAAUACUUCCACGAAGGCCUGAUUUCCAAGAUGGAAGCCUUGCCCUCCCCGAGAAUCCUCGCCAUCCACAUGCCUUACUCACUGUUGCCGGACUCGAUGACGAGCUCCAGCUGCCGGUUCGUAUACAUCUGCCGUGACCCGAAGGACACACUGGUCUCCAUGUGGCACUUCAGAGAGAAGUCGAGGCCGAAGACCGUGGAGCCUACUCCGUUCGCCGAAGCCUUCGAGGCGUUCUGUGAGGGGACCAGCCCCGUUGGGCCGAUGUGGGACCAUGCUUUGGAGUACUGGAGGGCGAGCUUGAGGAGCCCUGAGAGGGUCUUGUUCUUGAAGUAUGAGGAGAUGAUGGAUGAGCCGGUGGGGAACGCGAGGAGGUUGGCGGAGUUCCUGAGCUGCCCCUUCACCGAAGAGGAAGAGAAGGGAGGGGUGGUGGAGGACAUUGUAGAGCUUUGUAGCUUUGAGAAACUGAAGAGCUUGGAAGCAAACAAGAUGGGAACCCAAGGAGGUCCUGGCUUCGUUGUGACGAAUGAUUCUUUCUUCAGGAAAGGAGGUGGGGGAGAUUGGAAGAAUCAUAUGAGUCCGGAGAUGGCUCGAAGGCUGGACGCCAUCACGCAGCAUAAGCUGUUCGAGUCCGGUCUGACUCUCGAGAGUGUGGGCGUAGAAGCAGCCUCCGGCGACGAUGCCUCAGCUCAUGGCCAGUAAUUUGUGCUGCUUUUCGCUGUUCUCUUCCGCUUUUAGAUGUUCAAAUGGUGCUUGCAACCAUCUUUGCAGCUGCAGUGAAACUUUGUCUAGAUUGAAAUAAGAUCUAAAGAUGAGAGUUUAGAUCCCGAUGUAAAUGUUUCAUUAUCUCAAUGAAACGGGAGGGAUAUGCCCUCUUUUCGUUAUCUACUGGUGUUUAGACAGACCGAGGAGACCAUCAAGUCAACGCUUCAACCCAAACUUCCAAACUUUCUCCACCCAACCCUGUCUUGGACUACUAAUAAACCCUCGCUGACGCUUCUAUGGCUCAUUGUAUAAAGUAAAGUGCUUGCUGAAACCCAAUUGAUUCUUGUUGAGCGAUUUCUUCAUCCUUUUUGCUGCAGAUAAAUAGAGGUCAUGGAUUCUUGUAGGGGCAUGAUCCUCCAAACUCUUCGCAUUGAAGAGAGGUCAUCAACAAGCUAAUUCAGAAAAACAAUGAGAUCCAAGUCUGCAAAGCCACGAAGAAGUGUUUGACAAAUUGGGUUUUAUGUCAUCAAACGCAGGAAUUAGUGGAUCACUUGUUCUCUU